AAGAAGAGGCCAGCGCCAGCGGCAAUACUAAACAUAGAGAAACAAGACCACAGAAUAGAGAGAUUUCGAGAUCGGAAAUGGCGACAAACAUCGGAAUGAUGGAUGCGGCGUAUUUCGUCGGCAGAUCUGAGAUCCUCGCUUGGAUUAACUCCACUCUCCAACUCAAUCUCUCCAAAGUCGAAGAGGCUUGUUCUGGUGCGGUUCACUGCCAACUAAUGGAUGCGGUUCACCCAGGGAUGGUGCCGAUGCACAAGGUCAACUUCGACGCCAAGAGCGAGUACGAGAUGAUCCAGAACUAUAAAGUCCUUCAGGACGUCUUCAACAAACUCAAGAUCACCAAGUAUAUUGAAGUGAAUAAGCUGGUGAAAGGAAGACCGCUUGAUAAUUUGGAGUUCAUGCAAUGGAUGAAGAGAUACUGUGAUUCUGUCAAUGGAGGACUUGUUCACCACUACAAUCCCUUGGAAAGGAGAGAAGCUAGUAAGGGAGGAAAAGAGGUAAGCAAGAAAUCUGCAUCAUCACAACCCUCAACCAAGGGCUCAACCGCUGCCGCCAGACCCCCAUCUUCUCACAAUGCUAGAAGGAAUGACACUGCUUCAGCAAACCCUGCAAACCCAUCGGGGAAAAGAUCUAAACCAUCUAGUCCAGUGAAGAGUGCUUAUGAUGAGCAGAUCACAGAGUUGAAGCUGUCUGUGGAUAGUCUAGAGAAAGAGAGGGACUUCUACUUCUCAAAGCUGAGAGAUAUUGAGAUUCUGUGCCAGACUCCUGAGAUUGAGCACUUACCUAUUGUUGAAGCAGUUAAAAGGAUCCUAUAUGCUACAGAUAACGAUGCAUCAGUAGUGACAGAAGCACAAGCCAUGGUGUCAUCCGUUCAUCAGAAAGAAGUAGACCUCUUGAGUCCUAUAGCAGAGUUAUCAGAAGAAAAAUCCCUUUCUGAAAUUCAGAAGAGAAAAAACAUUCUCAAUAUCGAUAUUGAUGCUGCUGGUAUUUCAACAUUGUCUCCAAGACAAAGGCUCUCCGAUGCCUCAGAUGUCCAUUGCAGUGGGUCACCUCUUAUGACAUACUGAUUGGCUCAUGACCUUUGAGGAUCCAUUCUUUUGUAUCUUUAACAAAACAGUUGUGUCAAAACUUUUCCGUGGUGUCCUGUAUUGUUCUAAAUGCAUAUCCCUAAUAUGUUUAGGACAUGAAACACUAGUCUAUUCAGAGGGUAUAAGAAUAAUACUAUGUUCUCUUUAUUCUCGUGCUUCAACUUGUCAACUU